GAGGAGAGAGAGAGAGCAGAGUAGUGUCCCAUAUGUGGGAAAAAAGCAUAGCAGUGUACACACAAGUCUGGUCUGCUCCAGGGAUUAUCAUAGUGCUUUCAGAUCUGAUGGAGGACAUGCAGGCAUGAAUAGGACUGUUCUGUCAUCGGUGCGAGCUCAUGCUAGUGAUGGACUACAGCCGGACGGACGCUAACCUUAGCUGGCAUACACAAAACAGCAUUCCUCCUUACUGAGACCAGCUCCACAGAAUGCUGAGUCCUAUUGUCCCCUAUAGCCUGUUAAAGAUGCACUGGAACCCAGAGCAUGCCCAGUCUCUGAGCCAGUGGCCUGAGCAGCACCUGGACGUCUCCUCCACCACCUCCUCUCCGGCCCACAAGUCGGAAUUCUACGCUGGCCGAAGCCGCAGCUCCUACAACUACGCCUGGGCCAAUGAUGACAUCUCUGCUCUGACUGCCUCCAACCUGUUGAAGCGCUAUGCAGAGAAGUAUGCCGGUGUGUUAGACUCACCGUAUGACCGGCCACCUACAGUGGGCACUUACCCAGAGCCGGGGGCCUUUGGGGCCCUCAACGGCCCGAAGACUGAGCUAGAGCCCUGGCCACUGACGCACAGCACUGAUGCCUCCUAUUCCCUGGUGCCCCCUGGAGGCCAUGAUAGCCUCUCAGGUUCAAAGGCUGUAGCCACAUCUGCAGGCCCUCCGGGGGUUAGUAGUGUGUCCGUAGUGAACAGUAAUCUUUCAGACUCUGGCUACAGUGGCAGCAGCUCCUGCAGUGGCUCCAACGAGUACCCUUCCAGCUACAAUGGCACCUAUCUUUCCUCAGGGUACUGUCCCCAACCCAGUGCAGCACUUCCCCCUGCCUCUCUCCACACUCUCCAGUCCACCCCCACUCUGGUGGCCAGCUAUAGCCCUACCACACCUGUUUAUAACUACCCCCCUAGCACAUACCCUCCCCAGACCAGCCUUGCCCCCAGCUACAGUCACCCCUCUGCAACUUACCUGCCCUCAGGUCUACCAGCCCCUACUCCCAUUCCCUCAAGACCCACAGUGGUAGGAGGCAGCUAUAGUUAUCAGAGCACCAACCUAGGGACACCCGAGACUGGAGGGACGUUAAAACGAAAAGCAUUUGAGAUGAGUGUAGAAGAUGAUGAGAGUGGGGAUGGGUCUCGUUACAGGAAAUAUAGCUAUGACCCCUUGAAGGCCGGGGGAAACUCACCCUACAGUGUGAAUGACAAAACAGAGUGCCGGGGUAACGGCUUCAGCAGUUCAGGCAGCACAGACCCUCAAACCUUUAAGUCCACUAAGCCCUCCUCCCAGCCACUGGUGUCUCCUCAGUAUGGAGCAGCAGGAGAGUACAGCCCUCCAGCAGGCAUGACGGGGGAGAAUGGCACAGCAGAGCAGGGUUUCAUCCAACAGCAGCAGCACCGUUCCCAAGCCCACAAGCGCCCUCCAUUGUGCCCUCAGACCAUUGAGAGUAUGAAGAGCCCAGACCCCAGACUGUUGGACCUUGUCAAUGGGGAGUUACUGGACUGCAGCCCAGCACUGGGUUGGGGUGAGCUGGCCGGGCUUACUCACGUCAAGACUGCCCUGGAGGAGGACAUUCUGUGGCCCGUGUUGAGGCCCAGUCCAGUGGUGCAGCCACCAAGAACCGUCCUGCUGUUUGGUCCCCGGGGAGGGGGUAAGACGACGUUGACUCGUUCUUUGGCUUCACAGAUGGGGGCUUCUUUUUACCGGGUCAGUGGAGCCAUGCUGGCCUCUAAAGGGAAGGCUGAGGCAGAGCACAUUCUGGGGUCUCUUUUGCAAGUUGCAGGGGCACGGCAGCCAUCAGUGGUGCUCCUCAGCCAAGUGGAGGCCAUGGAAGAGGAAGGGCUGAGGCAGACACUGCUGACCACCCUGGAGAAAGCCCAGGUGGGGACCACAGGUCUGGUGAUUCUUGUAUGUGCCACUGGCAGGCCAGAUCUGCUGCAAGAUGCAGUUCACCGGAGCUUUGCCAAGCGGUAUCACGUUGGCCUACCAGAUGUAGGUAUGCGCAGGCAGGUGCUGCUGCAGGCGCUGUCACCCCAGGGCUGCAGCUUGAGCGAGAGGGAGCUGAAUGCCGUGCUACAGCGCACAGAGGGCUUCUCAGUGUGGGAGCUGCUUCAGAUCAGCCAGCAUGCACUCUCUUCAGCAUCCUCCCCCACUGGGAUGCAUGGCCUCCCCACCUCCUCCAAACUCCCAGCCUUCACAGACUUUGAGAAUGCCUUCUGCAAGGUGCGCCCACACACCACCACAAAAGAACUGGACACUUGUAUAGAGUGGAGCAAGAUGUAUAACCACUGAGAAAGCAGCCAGUCACUGUACUCGGACUGCAUCACAACCCUGUCUUUGCUUUGACAUGGCAAGCCUUGGGAAUGUUUUUUUUUUUUUUUUUUUUGUUAUAUCAGAUUAUGCAGCCAAAAGAGAGAGAGAAGCUCAACGAUACGGCAGAGUUGUUUUACUGGCAGAAGCAUGCCACGGUGUGCUGUUUUUGUUUCCGUAUGAAUAUCCGCAAUAUUUUAUUUUUCCCAAAGAAAAGGAAGAUGAAUAGGCCUUGUUGACUGGGGUAGUGUAUUAGUCUUUUGGCCGAUGGGAAAAUCAGAUUAUAUACUAUUUGGAUACUCUCAGAGAUCCUGAUUAGCCUUGGUCCAGGACAAAAUCAAUUAUUUGUUGCUAGGUGACGUGGUCCAAGAUUAUGGAUAAUCAGGGUUUGAAAAAUCCCCCCCUUUGACUGCUACUCUCAGGAUCCUAUUUAUUGCCAGUCUACUUCCAUGUUAUCUUAAUGUUGAUUUAGUCAUUGGAUUGUCACUAAUUAUUCAGUAUGAAGGGCUUGGGAUCAGCAACAUUUCAGCAAACCACAGUUUUUGACCAAAAACACGUCAAACCAAAUGCAUAAUCAGCAGCAUUGUGAUAUUUCUCAAAAAAAGAAAAGAAAAGAAGACUGGUUCUCAAAAAAAAAUCACAAUAAAUUAGUUCUUCUUGCUAGCUUCUCACCAAAUCAAAACAGUUAGUCCUCCUUACUGUUAAAAAAAGACUUUUAUUAAAUCCAAACAUGCUGCUGUCCUUCACAGGAGUUCAGUAGUUAACCAUGCAGUUACACUCAACAUGUUUGGUUGUAGAAAUACUUCACAUAUAUUUCUCACUUAACUCACAAUAGUAUUAUUGGUACAAUUCACAGACAACUUAUGUUAUUAUUUCUGGGUUGUUGUCUUUAACUUCAGUACUCAUUUGUUUUCCGAUCACACAUUCCUCACCAUCUGCAGUUUUCCUGAGAUUCCCACUUAUCGAACAAAAAGGUACCCACCUGCACACCCAGCGUUUCUGUUUUCUAUUUCACUUACUCCUUUUGUUUUAUUAGUGUGUAGUCUUGUUUGAAAUGCUCAGGAAGAAUUUCUUUACCUCAGAAAUAUGAAAUUAAAGAAUGUAUGUAAUCUUAGGGUCUUAGUAGAGAGCGACGCGGAGCGAGAUAAAGGAGCGAGGAGGAACCUGACAGUCUUGUAACACCCACUACAGCUGGGCUUUUACCUCGGGAGAGAAACUUGAAUAUGCUACAAAGAGUAACAUUGAAUGUAAUUCAGGUAUUUCAAAGGAUAUUUGAUGCCAUAAAUCCAUGUAUUAUUAUAUAUGAAUAUAUAAAUACGUUUUCUUUUCUGUUCUUUUACCCUUUAUCUUUAUUGUAGUUUAUGGUGGAGUGAUGAUUGUCUUCAAGAAAUGCUAUGUAGAAUACAGAAAAUAUUCCUUUUUUUGUUGGACAAACUGCUCGCAAUUAUCCGUGUCAUGUAGUGUUUACAUAUCCUGUAUAUGCAUGUCUGCAAAAGUAUCAUUUUUGGAAGAAAUGUAAAUAUAACGCACACAAUCAUACAUGUGCACUCACAGUGAACAUCUGAGCACAAAACGCCAUCCAAAAAGACAAAGCAAACAGAAACAUAGAUGCAAAUAAAGUUUAAGUCAUUAUAUGUAGCUUUCAGCAAAUCCCAAAGUCUAAAAAUUUACAGUUAGUGUGUACAUAUUGUGGAUGAACCCAACAUGUAGACAAUCCAGACAAGUCUCUUCGUCCUUUUCCACCAGUCCUACAGCUCUGUUUUAACAAGCUGGAAAAACCUGGUCACUGUACUGCAGGUACAGAGGUCGUACGUCUUAGACUGUUGCCAUGGUCCUGAGGAGGUAUACACAGAAUGAUGUAAUAUUUCCUACCGCCCUUUCCUCCCCCUGUCUCUCCCUCCCUCUGUCCCUCAUCAUUAUUUUUCUCUUUUUCUCUCUCCCCAGUGCAGUCUCAUUAGAUUGGAUUGCCCCCUGGCCACGAGCCCCAGUGGCCAUGUGGUGUUGUAUCCUCUCCCCACCCACACCCCUUCCCCUUAUACCGAUUCCUGUGUGGAGUGUGUGGAAGUGGUCUGAUUGAUGUCCAGCAACCCUAUAUCACAGUGCAGCCGUCCCUCUCCAGCUGGUGGCUUCAGUCAUGCCAUACAGCCAGAUCAAUCAGAGUGACCCCCGCUGUAUGCAUACUGAUCACUGUCUCAGAAAACACAUUUACAAAUUACAGACCAGCCUCUGCCUCAAGCGGCACGGUUUAGAUAAUGCUCGUGAUUAUUCUCAUGUAAUCACAGAAACAAAGUAAUAACUGUGGCUUAGAGGUGCAAAUAGAUACAGUAUUUUGAUUUAUGGCUUUCGCUACUCCCAACAGUUUGUCCAACAAAACAAGCUUUUAUUUUUUACAUGUUUUAAUCUGUUAUCGCGGUAACUUUGUUCUUGGUUAUUGUACAUUUUCUGUAACCAUUUCUACCUCAUUUUUGCGGCAUAUUGUACAUGAAAGUAUUUAUUUCAUGUCUUUUUUGAUGUCUGUUUUAAAAAUGAUAAUAAUGUUCUUGAACUGUAAUGGUCUACCUCAGAAAAGACUGUAUUUUAAGAGAAGAGUAUC